CAAAAGCACAGAAUAACAUCUCAGCUCCUCUCCUCUGCCUUUCCCCUCACUGCAUCUCCCCUUCCUUGGUGCCGAGAACUCCACACAACACAGCAGAGCCACAUGGAACUGGCGUCGCAAGUGCAGCCUCAGCCUGCCAUCAACAAGUUAGGGAUGAAGGAGCUCGAGCAAUGAAAGAGGAAUGCGUGAUCUUCAAUUAACCAAUUGAGCUGACAUCACUGCGGUGGAAAAGGAAAAAGGCAGCUAAGGGACGAAGGGAUCUGCUCAGCGGUGCUGCUUUGGAUGCAAAUCAACUUCAAAUUUAAGGAUUCUUGGAAGGCAAAUAAUGUUUGUCUUUUCUUAAUCUGGGAAUUAAAUAGCAGGACUGAAAAAAGGUCAGACCGGACAAAAGAGAAAAAAAAACAGCAUCCCAGGACAUGGAAUUCCUGAAUUUGGUUCAACUGGGGGGGCACAGCACUUCUUUAUUUCUGAAGAGCUUGAUUCCUUUUGUAUUUACCCAAAAGGUUUUUUUCUCUGUGGAUUUCUCUUCCAUCUGGCUGCUCCAAAAGUCUGCGGAAAAAGACAGUUGAAUGCAGCCUCCGAUGUACACAAAAGAAUGGGUUUCCAUUCAAGGUGGCCAUUGGUGGGACAAGCACCAGCGGCACUUUGCGUGAUCAGCAUGCUACUGUGCCUCCCUCCUGUGUCAUGCACAACCUGCCCCCAGAAAUGCCGAUGUGAGGACCUGCAGUUUUACUGCGACACGCAGGGGCUCCUGGCGCCCCCAGACAGUGUGGAUAAAGGGGCCCUUGGACUUUCGCUCAGACACAACAGCAUCAGCGAGCUCAGCUCAGACCAGUUCUUUGGCUUCACCCAGCUCACUUGGCUUCACCUGGACCACAACCAAAUAACCACCGUGCAUGAGGAUGCCUUCCAGGGGCUGUACAAGCUCAAGGACCUUAACCUGAGCUCAAACCGCAUCACCAAGCUGCCAAACACAACCUUCAUCCACCUCAUCAACCUGCAGAUCUUGGAUCUCUCCUUCAACCAGAUGACAGCUCUGGAGCCUGAGCUCUUUCAUGGGCUCCGGAAACUCCAGAUCCUACACCUGCGGUCAAACUCACUGCGCACAACGCCUGUGCGGGCCUUCUGGGACUGCCGGAGCCUGGAAUACCUUGGCUUGAGCAACAACCGGCUCCGUAGCCUGGCCCGGAACGGCUUCGCCGGGUUAAUUAAGCUGCGGGAGCUCCAUUUGGAACACAAUCACUUGACCAAGAUUAACUUGGCACACUUCCCUCGUCUGGUCACCCUCCAGUUCCUUUAUCUUCAGUGGAACAAGAUAAACAAUUUAACAUGCACCAUGGAAUGGAAAUGGACAACUCUGGAGAAACUGGACCUCACUGGGAAUGAGAUACGUGUACUCACCCCCGACGUGUUUGAGACUUUGCCCAACCUCAAGAUCCUGAUGCUGGAUAACAACAAACUGACCAGCCUCGAUACGCAAACCAUGGAUAUGUGGAAGUCCCUAAAUGUGAUUGGGCUUUCGAGCAACCUUUGGGAAUGUACCAAACGAAUCUGCAAUUUAGCCACUUGGCUGAGCACCUUUAAGGGUCGAUGGGAGCAUUCUAUCCUCUGCCACAGUCCUGAGUACGCACAGGGUGAGGAAAUACUGGAUGCCGUUUACGGAUUCCAAUUUUGCCAAAAUUUCUCAGCCCCAGUCAUACUGACCAGUACCAGCACAGAGGCCAUGCUCCCCGAGAUCACAAGCUCCCUGUUCGGAAAUAUGCAGACCCCUACGCAAGACUUCUAUGCAGAGGAUUUUGGGAGCUUUACGAUUGUCACUACUACUACCACCACCACACAACCCCCACGCACUGCCCUCGCUACUACCAUGACAGUGGAGGGGGCAGACAUUACAGAGGACUACUCUGCGAUGGACAACACAGUGCUGACCCAGAGGGUCAUCAUUGGCACCAUGGCUCUGUUGUUUUCCUUCUUUCUCAUCAUUUUUGUAGUGUACAUAUCACGAAAAUGCUGCCCUCCCACUCUGAGGCGGAUCCGCCAUUGCUCGGCCAUUCAAAAUCGGCGACAGAUGAGGACCCAGCAGAGACAGCCAAUGGCGGACCUGGCCACACAGGUGCCCUAUAACGAGUACGAGCCCAGUCAUGAGGAGGGUGCACUUGUGAUCAUCAAUGGCUAUGGGCAGUGCAAAUGUCAGCAACUGCCUUACAAAGAGUGUGAAGUAUAAACUCUAUUUAUUCCUACAGUUUCUGGAUUUAACCAUUUGUCCAUUUCAAAAGAAACAGGGUUUGCUUUUGGACUUUUUUCC